AUGACAAACAGUUCAUUCUUCUGUCCCAUUUACAGAGAUCUAGAGCCAUUUACAUAUUUCUUUUAUUUAGUUUUCCUUGUUGGAAUUAUUGGAAGUUGUUUUGCAACCUGGGCUUUUAUACAGAACACUACAAACCACAAGUGUGUAAGCAUCUACUUAAUCAAUCUUCUUACGGCUGAUUUCCUGCUCACACUGGCUUUACCAGUGAAGAUUGUGGUUGACCUGGGCGUGGCACCCUGGAAGCUGAAGAUAUUCCACUGUCAAGUAACAGCCUGCCUUAUCUACAUCAAUAUGUACUUGUCCAUCAUCUUCUUGGCCUUCGUCAGCAUGGAUCGCUGUCUACAGUUGAUAUGCAGCUGCAAGAUCUACCGAAUACAAGAACCUGGAUUUGCCAAAAUGAUAUCAACUGUGGUGUGGCUCAUGGUCCUUCUGAUAAUGGUGCCCAACAUGGUGAUCCCCAUCAAGGACAUCAAGGAAGAGGCAGAGGUGGGCUGCAUGGACUUUAAAAAGGAGUUUGGAAGAAACUGGCAUUUGCUGACAAAUUUCCUAUGUGUAGCAAUAUUUUUAAACUUCUCAGUCAUCAUUUUAAUAUCCAACUGCCUUGUAAUUCGACAACUCUAUAGAAACAAAGACAAUGAAAGCUAUCCAAAUGUGAAAAGAGCCCUUAUAAACAUACUUUUAGUGACCACUGCCUACAUUAUUUGCUUUGUUCCUUACCACAUCGUUCGCAUCCCAUACACCCUCAGCCAGACAGAAUUCAUAACAGACUGCUCAACCAGGAUUUCACUCUUCAAAGCCAAGGAGGCCACACUGCUCCUCGCUGUGUCCAAUCUCUGUUUUGACCCUAUCCUAUACUAUCAUCUCUCGAAAGCAUUCCGAUUAAAGGUGACAGAGACUUUUGCUUCACCAAAGGAGACUAAGGCUCAAAAAGGAAAGUCAAAAUGGGAAGAAAACGCAUAAAUUAUGGGCCUUUUCAUGCUUUCACUUCUUGGCGUACUAUACCAUAAAGUUACUUCAAGUUUU